UACAGACAAAUUUGACAAAUUGGAUUCCCGCAUUCGCUCGCGACCAAAAUCCGUUUUGUGAUUCUGCUCUUCGUUCUUCUCGGGAAACCCCGAUUUCUUGUAGUCAGAUUUACGGUUGAUACAGGGGCUUUGGGGGAAGGAAGAUUGAAGAAUUUCCCGACGGAAUGGUGGCUACGGCGGCGAAACAGGCGGAGCAGCUCAGACUCGACGGCAACACUUAUUUCAAGAAAGAUCGUCUUGGAGCUGCCAUUGAUGCUUAUACGGAGGCUAUUGCGCUGUGCCCUAGUGUUCCGAUAUAUUGGACGAAUCGUGCUCUCUGCCAUCGGAAGCGGAAGUAUUGAAUGGACGCGAGUUGAGGAAGAUUGCAGAAGAGCGAUUCAGCUGGAUCAUCAUUCUGUCAAAGCUCAUUAUAUGCUUGGUCUAGCACUGCUUCAAAGGAAAGAAUACGCAGAAGGUGUCAAGGAAUUGGAAAAGGCAUUAGAUCUCGGGAGGGGCGCGAAUCCCAAGGGCUACAUGGUAGAGGAGAUUUGGCAGGAGCUUUCAAGAGCAAAAUACUUGGCGUGGGAGCACGAAUCAACCAAACGUUCGUGGGAGCUUCGAAACCUGAAAGACACCUGUGAGGCAGCAUUGAAGGAGAAGCAUUUCCUUGAUAAUUGUGGAGACCAAGGCGCAGUAGAUGGAACUACCCAAUCUAUUUCCGAGCAAUUGAAAGCAUUGGACCGAGUAUUCCAGAAAGCUUCUGAAGUUGAUACUCCAACUGAGGUGCCCGACUACCUGUGCUGUAAAAUAACCUUGGAUAUCUUCCGAGAUCCUGUAAUUGCGCCGAGUGGAGUUACAUACGAGAGAGCUGUGAUCCUUGACCAUUUGCAAAAGGUGGGCAAAUUCGACCCUAUCACCCGCGAAACACUUUACCCCUCUCAGCUGAUUCCAAAUUUUGCCCUAAAAGAAGCUGUAAGAGCAUAUCUGGAGAAGCAUGGUUGGGCGUAUAAAAUGGAUUGAUAUCGGUAUGUACCGUGCCCGGAAGAUCUUUGCUCGUCUAAUUGUGCUUUGCAUCUAAGAUUUGAUAUUGCCUGUGUUAGUUCAUCCUCCUAAAUGUACAGAGAUAGCAACUGAUUGUAUAGUGUCUCUAGAUGAUAUCUCUGCCUUAAAAAAAAUGCAUAUUUAUUUAGUUGUCGAGUUGUUCAUCCUCGGGUUUAUUUUGUUGUGUUUAUCAGCUUUCUUCAUGAGAAUUAAAAUGUGAAAUGAUUCGCUCUAUCGGCUAUACAGUUAUGAGUGCAGUGUAAUGCUCGACUUUAUUGAGAUUGUUUACAGAACCUA